AUGGAACUGAUAACACAUUCAAUGUAUAUUAACACUGCUAUACAGCUUAAUGCAGUGUAUAAGAAAGUUUGUCGUGUGGAACGUGGAUGUAGCUGUUCAGUAUUUAUAAUUGAACCGAAAUGUUGCUGUGUUGGACAAUCGGUUACCGAAAUACCGGGAAAUUUAACCGUUUAUGUUCGUCGUCUAUUACUAUAUAAUGUAGGCAUCAGUCAUAUUCGUGAGAAUGCUUUCGGAAGAUAUCAACAUCUGGAAGAAAUUGUAAUCGAAGAAUCAGAUUCAUUACAAUCAAUAAACGCUGAUGCAUUUGGCAGUCUAUAUAAUCUUGGCAAACUGUUAGUUCAGAUGACAUUGCGACAUCGAUUAGCAAUGGAAGUAAUCGAUUUCUCCUAUAAUCAUAUCGAAUAUCUUGGUGAUGGACAAUUGCGCUCUGUUCAUGCUAAUAAAAUUUGUCUUAGUAAUAAUAAUUUACGUGAAAUUGGAAGUCAUAUAUUUGCUAAUUGUCGAGUUUCAUCACUGGAAUUGAAUGAUAAUUUAGAACUUAAACGCCUUUCAAUCGAUACUUUUGCUGGCAUAUCAUUUAUCAAGCAUCUUGAUCUUUCACGUACCGGCAUCACAGAACUUCCAACAACUGGCUUAUCUCGCUUAGAAGGCCUAAAAUUGACGGAUACAGAAGAGCUCAAAAAAUUACCACCAAUUUUGGCAUUUACAUCAUUGAAAAAAGUUGAAUUCACUUAUCCAUAUCAUUGCUGCUUAUUUAAAUAUGCCUCAAAAGAAAUUAGUACAGCAGGUGAAAUGUAUACAAAAAAUCUGGAAGAGAUUCGAAAUCGUGAAUGCUCUGCUAAAUCAUCACCAAAAUUAGGUCGUCGACGACGACAAUCUACACUAAAUGAACGCACAAUAACGCAACCACAAGAAUCGCGGGAAAAUCCGCUAGAUUUUUCCGAUUUGUUGAAAUGGUUUGAUUCUGUCAAUGCUGGCAAUAUUACAAUUGAGAUAGACGAUGAUUGGGAUACAUUAUUGACGCCCGAAUUUGAGGAUGCCGAUAUUGGACUUCUGACAACAUUCAAUUGUACAUCAAACGCUGUCAGUGAUUUCUUUGCUUCAAUUCAAUGUACUCCAAUGCCAAAUGCGCUGAAUCCAUGCGAAGAUGUCAUCGGAUAUGAUUUUUUACGUUGGGCAAUAUGGUUUGUAUGGAUUUCGGCUAUUGUUGGUAAUGUUGGAGUAUGGUCUGUGUUAUGCCAGAUGGGACAGAAACGAAUGCAAGUGCAUUAUUUCUUCAUGGCUAAUUUAUCAACGGCUGAUUUACUAACAGGUGUUUACCUUGGUAUAUUAGCAACAGUAGAUUAUAAGACAUCAAAUGAAUAUUACAACUAUGCGGUUGCAUGGCAAACCGGUAUUGGUUGCAACAUAGCUGGUUUUAUUUCCGUUUUCAGUUCCGAACUUUCGAUUAUGUCGAUGUUUCUGAUUGCAUUUGAUAUGUGCUACAAUAUUAGGAAUGCUUUUUACGGAAAACGUUUACGGAUGAGAACUGCUGCAAUAAUGAUGGUCGUAGCAUACAUUAUUGCAUUUACGAUGGCAAUACUACCAAUUAUAGGUAUAUCCACAUAUACAAGUACCAGCAUAUGUCUACCUCUUUCCAUUGAGGAUAAUUUCGAUCGGGUCUAUGUAAUUGCCAGUUUAUUGUUCAAUGUACUUGCAUUUUUGGGUAUGGCUAUUAGCUAUAGCUUUAUUGGUAGAAUGCUUUGUGAUCCGCAACAACCGAAACGAGCAGAAGAUAAAGCGAUCAUUUUAAAAAUGGCAACAUUAAUUGGUACGGAAAUGCUUUGCUGGUUUCCAACCCUUUUCUUCGGUUUUACGGCAGCCUUAGGAUAUCCACUUAUAAGUAUCAGUGUGGCGAAAAUAUUUUUAGUAUUAUUCUAUCCAAUUAAUGCAUUUACGAAUCCAUUCCUCUAUGUAUUCCUUACCAAAAUUACACAUAUGCGACCAUGUUUAAAAUUAUUACCCACCAAUAAAACAUCAACCUCUAAUGAAUCAAAAUCAUUACCAUCGUCAACGUUCCAAAAGGAAGAAUCGACUCAUGCACAUAUACUACAAGCAGAGAAACAACCGCUAAUUUCCACUGAACGAUUGCGAGUUUCAGCAGUACCACAAAUGAAUGAUAUUUCAGAACAUGUUAUAUUAGAAAAAGAUGUCAUUCAGGAUUCUCUGCCUCAUACAUCAUCAAAUUUUUCACAGCAACAUUCACCAGUCGAAAAAAAAACUUCUGCAGUAUUAUCGAAACAGCAGAAUCGACGAUCAAGCACUCGAAGUAACGGUAAAGAUAGUGGUCGCGGUAGUUUAACACCACCCAUUUCAUCAUGUCGUUUUCAAUGUUUCCCAAAUGAAUCUACCACUUAA